CUUAUAAACCCUCUGUUUCAUCCGUUUCCAUAGUGAUUUACGCUUCCCCACUGACAAAACACCACUUGAGAAAGUGCUCAGCUUCUGUUUCAACCGAAGUUACCAAACAGCAAUGGCCGCGAUUUCUUGUCACUGUUCUCCGAUCGCGUCGGACAAGGUUUUACACUCCUCUUCACUAUCCUUUUCCUCCGGUCUCAAUCUCCUACGACCUGCGAGCGGAAACAAGUUUUCAGGUAUUUCCGUGUCUUCUCCAGCGUGCUUUCCAGCUCUUCGGCUACGGGUCUCAUGCCAGACCUCCUCUGCCACUUCGCCACCUGCAUCCGCCGCAUAUGUCCGAGCAAAAUCAGAGCUGAAAGAUUUUCUGCACAUUAGUGAUUUUGACAAAGCUACUAUUUUGAAGAUCUUAGAACGGGCUGUAGAAGUCAAGGCAUUGCUAAAAUCAGGAGAGAGAACAUAUCUCCCGUUCAAGGGGAAGACAAUGGCUAUGAUCUUUGCAAAGCCAUCAAUGAGAACCCGGGUUUCUUUCGAGUCUGGCUUUUCCUUGCUAGGAGGCCAUGCUAUAUAUUUGGGGCCUGAUGAUAUUCAGAUGGGUAAGCGAGAGGAAACUCGUGAUGUUGCGCGUGUUUUGUCUUGCUAUAAUGACAUUAUUAUGGCACGUGUCUUUGCUCAUCAGGACAUUCUUGAUCUUGCUAAACAUGCAAGUGUUCCUGUCGUUAAUGGCCUCACAGACUACAAUCAUCCCUGCCAAAUAAUGGCUGAUGUCCUCACUAUAAUUGAACACAUCGGUCAGUUGGAAGGAACCAAGGUCAUCUAUGUAGGAGAUGGAAAUAACAUUGUGCACUCUUGGUUGUUGAUGGCAUCGGUUAUCCCCUUCCAUUUUGUUUGUGCCUGCCCUAAAGGUUUUGAACCAGAUGAGAAAACAGUUGAGAAGGCACGGCAGGCUGGAAUCAGCAAGAUAGAAAUAACAAAUGACCCAAAGGAAGCUGUUAGAGGAGCUGAUGUUGUUUACUCAGAUGUAUGGGCCAGCAUGGGGCAAAAGGAGGAGGCUGCUCAUCGCCGUAAAGUGUUCCAAGGCUUUCAGGUGGAUGGAAAUCUUAUGAAGUUAGCAGGCUCCAAAGCACACUUCAUGCAUUGUUUGCCAGCAGAAAGAGGAGUAGAGGUGACUGAUGAGGUUAUUGAAGCUCCAAAUUCCAUUGUCUUCCCACAGGCUGAAAAUCGCAUGCAUGCACAGAACGCUAUAAUGCUUCAUCUGCUCGGCAACUAGAUUGUGGGUUAUGAAACAUUUUUUUUGGUUAUGGUUUUGUUUUUCAGUUGAUGUCAGAACAUCUGAACUCAAAACAUUAUUAUGUUUCGAAAUGCACUUUCAAAUGGUGCAUUUUGAAGGAAGAUAUAUCAUCUUGCAUGUUCUUCAGUUACAACUUGAAUUUUAGCUUAUAGCAACUGAAUGUUUUUGUUGUUGCC